AAAGCCAUUUUCCCAGGCAGUGGUUGCAACAUCGCCGCGGAGGCAGCGAGAGGAGCUGACAGCGCGGAGUUGGCGCUGCGGAGCGCAGGCAGCCGUGCCGGUUCCUCCGGCCGGCGUCUGCGAGGACAGCGGCGUCUGACCCGCUCGGGUUCAGGGAUUUGCAGACGUGGAGCAAUGCUUGUGACUCUGCGGCUCCUCAAAGGCCCCUAGAAGCCUGUUUCUCGGUGCAGUCCAGGAUCUCCAGCCCCAUGGAGCCCCCGAUCCCACAGAGCGUCCCCUUGACUCCCAGCUCAGUCAUGGUCCAGCCUCUUCUUGACAGCCGUAUGCCCCACAGCCGGCUCCAGCACCCACUCACUAUCCUCCCCAUCGACCAGAUGAAGACCAGCCACGUGGAGAACGACUACAUAGACAACCCUGGCCUGGCGCCCCCCACUGGCCCUAAGCGGACCCGGGGAGGGGCCCCGGAGCUGGCCCCGACGCCUGCCCGCUGUGACCAGGACGUCACCCACCACUGGAUCUCCUUCAGCGGGCGGCCCAGCUCCGUGAGCAGCAGCAGCAGCACGUCCUCCGACCAGCGGCUCUUGGACCACAUGGCACCACCGCCCGUGGCUGAACAGGCCUCCCCGAGGGCUGUGCGCAUCCAGCCCAAGGCAGUCCACUGCAAGCCGCUGGACCUCAAGGGCCCAGCAGUCCCACCAGAGCUGGACAAGCACUUCUUGCUGUGCGAGGCCUGCGGGAAGUGCAAGUGCAAGGAGUGCGCGUCCCCCCGGACGUUGCCCUCUUGCUGGGUCUGCAAUCAGGAGUGCCUGUGCUCAGCCCAGACCCUGGUCAACUACGGCACCUGCAUGUGCCUGGUGCAGGGCAUCUUCUACCACUGCACCAACGAGGACGAUGAGGGCUCCUGCGCCGACCACCCCUGCUCCUGCUCCCGCUCAAACUGCUGCGCCCGCUGGUCCUUCAUGGGCGCUCUCUCCGUGGUGCUGCCCUGUCUGCUCUGCUACCUGCCUGCCACCGGCUGCGUGAAGCUGGCCCAGCGUGGCUACGACCGCCUGCGCCGCCCCGGUUGCCGCUGCAAGCAUACGAACAGCGUCAUCUGCAAGGCAGCCGCCGGGGACGCCAAGGCCAGCAGACCCGACAAGCCUUUCUGACACUUUGGGUUGAAGUCCCCUGGAAACUUGGUUCCCUUCUGACACCUGAGAAGACCACGGCGAGGCCAGCGGUUUUAGCAUCCUGAGGCUGACCUUGCUAGUCUGUCUGCUCCCCACCUCCAGCUUCUGAACAAACAGAGACCACCAUCGCCCACCCUCUCUUCCCCAAAAGGAUGAAGAAGCACUUUGGGUUUUUUCCAGGGUCCUGGAACUUUGUGUCAGACAGUGGCAGGGGCGUGGUAUGGUUUGGGGGGAUUUUUCUUUUCCAGAAGACGAAACACAGAUGUGGACACAUAUCCGGAAGUUGCAGCUGCUUGAAUGCCUUCCCAGUCCUUCCUCCUCCCUCCCUUUCUCCCCACCUCUUUUUCAUUCUCUGGCUGCCUGGAAGGAAUCAUUAACUGAGUGGCCAGGGGACUUUUGAAGAAGACCCUUGGAGUUUGACGUCAGUACCUUCUUCUCCUCUUCCCUCCCCCCAGUUUGCUGCGACAUCUUGGGGACGGUGUAGACCCUAGCAAUCUCUGUUGUAUAUACUUGGGAACCCCCUGAGAAAAGAGGACGGCCAGUGAGUCCAGGCCUCGUUCCUCAAUCUGCCUCCCCGGAGCCACGGACGCACUUAGGAGCCACUGCACAGUGCAUUUCUCCCUUUCAGCUUCAUCACUAACUCUUGGGGGUGUUCCACUCAUAGCACCGUCCCUCGGUUCUUACCGAGUCACAGGCUCACCUGCCCGCUACGCGUCCCAAGGUCUCUCUACCCAGAUCCAAAAACUUUAUGGGUAGAGAAGGCCGGGGCGGCAAACGCGAGACCAAAUAGCAUUUUGCCAAUGAGUCUGAGGCUGUGGUCUCUGGAUCCAGUCAUCAUGUUUUUAUAGAAUAAUUAAACCAGAUGCUAACGGUGUUUUAAAAAAUAAUAAUAAAACACUUGCUUCCUUUUGGGCCACCCCCAGGAAGGGCUGAUUUCAAAAUCUGGGGGGCGAGCAACCUCAAGGAGCACAAUCCCCCUCCUCACCAAGAAGAGGAUUUAACAGCAAAGAAGAGAGGUAUCACCUCCCGUUGGCAGAGUGACAGUUGAGCCGAGCUGGGUGUGGGUUUCCUCUCUUCUGAUUCUGCUGCUUUCUGUCAUAGCCUUUUGUGUACAGUGAUGUGUCUGUAUCUUUAAUGUAAAUAGACAGAUGAUGAAAAAAGAGUCUAUUUUAGUGUUAGGAAGCCCUGGUGGGGGAGUCAGAAGAGCGUGGGUGGGGGAAAAGAUUCUCCAGGGGCUUCUUAGGAUUGAGCCCUGCUUCUGUGCGUGGCCACACCACCCCCUCCCGACAGCCCCCAAAGACGUAGCAACUCUUUCUCUCAAGGUGCUAAAGGACUCAGAAAGUGCAGCACGUCCAGUGGGUAGGUACUUGUUGCAUGCAAAAGCUGUAGUGUGUCUGGUCCUCCCCAGCUGUUGUUCGGGGUUUUUGCUUCGUGUGGUAUUUUGUGUUCCUCCCCUAAUGAGAGGAAGUGGCCUGGGUCAGAAAAGCUACCCCAGGUGAAACUGGAAGGCAUUCAUUAGGCAGCAUUUCCAGUUUGUUCUGUAGGGACAGAACUGCCUCCAGAAAAGGGCGCAAAGAGGAAGGUAGCUGUGACUGGCAUGCACCCAAUGCUUCUCAAGGACUUUUUUUUCCCUUCUUGAAGACUAGUAGUAACAUCUUAUGAUUUAGAAUAAGUUAAUUGUAACCAUAGGUAUUUAUUGAUUGGAGGAAAGGAGGGGAGGGUCUUGUUACUUUACGCUUUAUUUAUAUAACAUUUGCUAGCUUGUAAAAGGCGAAUAUGAAAUAA